ACCAAUGAUUUCAGACGACAAAUACUGAGAGGACCAAAAGCAGCAUAGAAACCGAUGCCUUCGCCGAGCUACAUGCUGAUCUCGCCAUGUGACCUCUGAAACCAAAACUAAAGAAUCUCUCUUCUCUCAAACUUUCUUUCAAUUAUUUUUUUUUCAUAUUAUUAGUUUAAUCAUCGUUCAAUAAUUAGGCAAGAAUCGGAUUUCGGAAUUCAAAACCCCAUAACCUUAACCAACGCUGCAACGAUUUUAUUUUAUUUUCCUUUCAACGAAUUGAUUAAAUCCCACUUGUUUAUUUUUGGUGCAAAAACGAAAUGCCAACAAACCUCUACCUUCCUCCUCUUCUCUUCUCCAAGUUCUCAUAUCAUAUCACUGUUUGUGUCUUCAUUUCUUCAUUUCUACUUCUUCACAAACCAGAAUCGGAAAGACCUCUCUCAACCACUCCUUCAAAGUCAGGGUAGGUUGGUUGGUUUCUCUCUGUAAUCUUUUUUCAAUUUUAAGAGAAAAUGUCAGAGCAGAAGAAACCCCCCCAAAGCAGAGUUUUCUAUGUUAGAAUGAAGCUCCUGCACAAACAAGGGAACAAGCCUCAGCAAGACAAAAACAACAACUGCUUUCACACAUAUUACAAAUGGGUUCUCUGGUUUUCUUUCUCCCUCUAUUUCUUCACUUCCUAUCUCAUCACUAGCAACCCCAACAACACACCAACCUCUGCAGACACAUCCCAUGUCUCAAACUCCGAAUCCAACGUUGUCUCUCCUACCCUUGUCGAAUCUACUACGAACACUCUAGGGGUGCUGAAGAAUAUGAAGGUGUUCGUGUACGAGCUUCCUCCAAAGUACAACACCGAUUGGCUUGCGAACGAGAGGUGUAGCAGUCAUUUAUUCGCUUCGGAAGUUGCUAUUCACAGGGCACUGUUAACGAGCGAGGUUCGCACGUUUGACCCAUACGAAGCUGAUUUCUUCUUCGUCCCAGUUUACGUGUCUUGCAACUUCAGCGCCGUCAACGACUUCCCGGCGAUUGGCCACGCGCGAACUCUUAUAUCCUCCGCCGUCAACCUCGUCUCCACCGAAUACCCAUUCUGGAACCGCAGCAGAGGAUCCGACCACGUCUUCGUCGCUUCGCACGACUUCGGCGCGUGCUUUCACACCCUGGAGGACGUGGCUAUGGCUGAUGGAAUACCGAUAAUCUUGAAGAACUCGAUAGUGUUGCAGACAUUCGGCGUCAUUCACCAGCAUCCGUGUCAAGAGGUUGAGAAUGUGGUGAUACCGCCUUACGUUUCGCCGGAAAGUGUAAGGAGUACGCUGGAAAAGUUUCCGGUGACCGGACGGCGAGACAUUUUUGCUUUUUUCCGAGGGAAAAUGGAAGUCCAUCCUAAAAAUGUCAGCCGACGGUUUUACAGCAAGCGAGUGAGGACGGAGAUAUGGCGGAAGUUCAACGGUGACCGGAGGUUUUACCUGCAGAGACAUAGGUUUGCCGGUUACCAGUUGGAAAUUGCACGGUCGGUGUUUUGUUUGUGUCCGUUAGGGUGGGCUCCGUGGAGUCCGAGGUUGGUGGAGUCGGUUGCGUUGGGUUGUGUGCCGGUUGUGAUUGCGGAUGGGAUACAGUUGCCGUUUUCCUCCGCCGUGCGGUGGUCGGAGAUAUCGUUGAGCGUGGCGGAGAGGGACGUGGGGAAGUUGGGGAAGAUUCUGGAGCGAGUGGCGGCGACGAACCUGAGUGUCAUUCAGAGGAACCUGUGGGACCCACGGACAAGGCGGGCCCUUCUUUUCAACAACAACAAGGUGCAAGAAGGGGACGCCACGUGGCAAGUUCUGGUUAGUUUGAGUGAGAAGCUAGGUAGGUCGCAGCGAAGGUCUUCGGUUGCUGGCCAAUUGAAGAGUGACACGUAAUGCGUUACAAUUGGAUUUGAACUAUGAAGUUUGACAGCGAAUGAAACAGUGUUUACAACGUGGAUUUGUCGCUCUCUGUUGCAUGCAAUGGUUGGUGACAGCUGCGUUUUUCUUUGGCUCGUUCGCGUAAAGGAAUUUUAGUACAGUGAAAGGAAUUUUAGAACAGAGUAGAUUUUUUUGCAGGAUUUCCUUCCAGUGUUUUUCAUGAGAUGACAAGCAUUGGUUCGUUUUGUUGACAGAUGAGUUUUCAUUUUAUUAUUCUUUUGCUAAGUCAUUUUUUAUGUAAAUAAAUUAUAGAGUUUGUAGUUAC